AUCACGCAUAUAAACUUUGUAUCUGUUAUUCCUAGAAUUGAGCUUCUCUUUUAUGCAUUUACAUAUCUACAAAUAAAAUGUGUAUAUGCCCAGCUUCCAUGGUCAUCUUUUAUUGAGCAUAAGUCUACUUUAAGCCUACACAUGGAAGAAGUUCUUAAAUAACUUUCGGCACUUUGUUCUUUGUACACAAUAUACAUACAUACAUACGGUAUGGACAAGCAGAGACAAGUUAAUAUUACACGCUCUAUAGAAAUGUUAGCCAUAAAAGCCAACUUCUUCAGCCAUGCACCCAACUCUAUUCACCUUCUGCUAUUCAGUCUGCAGCCGGCAAACGCAGAGGACGCAUCAGUGGAUCUGAUUUGGCCUAUACUUAGUGACUAAACUUGACUUGUGCAUAUUUGUUCAAACGAAAUGAAAAGUUUAGAACUGGUUCAGCGUCGAUGUGUAGCUGCCGGGGUUUUUUUGGCCUUAUUGCUUUUACGCGCGCCGGCCAGUGGACAACCGGUUAAUGAUGAGUUGUCCGCGGACAAUGCAGACGCCAAAGUUAUUUAUGAUCAAAGGCAAAGUGGUAAAUACAAUAUACGCAUCAAUAUUAAGGAUGUGGCUAUCAUAGAAAUUGAUAAUAGUGGCUUCGGUGAUGAGAACUUUGGCGAGGAAGAUUAUUAUUAUGACGAAGAGGAUUUAACGGUUAAGCCCUUAAAUUUCACCAAACCGCCGAAAGUAACGACUUCGCAUGAAGCGCUUUGCCCAGCAGAAUCGCAGCAAGUCACCUCAGCAUCAAUCCAAGCAACAUUAUUGCCAACAAAAUUAGAGGAAGCCACAAACACGCAUUCGACACCAAUUGCAACAAGCGCGUAUCCAUCAAAUUACAAUACUAACAUAUUAACAGACACCAUGUCAUCGCAAGCAACACCGAAUCAAACAACACUGAAAAGCACCGGCACUAGUUUCAGUCGACUUCCAUCACUCCAUUUGACUCAGGCGAUGUCUGAACCACGUUCACACAAUAGCUUAAUUUCCAGAUUGUCAACAGCGCGUCCAAUAAGCGAGUCCAUGAAGCCAUCACUUAUCUCGCCAAUUGCUGUUCAAGAAUCACUUAAGUUUUCAGGCAAUUUACCGAAUGUUCAAAAGCGUCAUCACAACUUCGUAAACAAAUAUAGCAUGCUGCAAACACCAAGGUCGCCGCUUUAUCCACUAGCUAAGGGAUAUGGCCAACGUUGCCGAGCACAUCAAUACCGUGACGUAAAUGGCGGUUGUCGCAAUAAGCGCUCUUCUUCAUUUCUAAAAAAGUUGCUUAGCAUCAUUGCCACGUUUCCACGCGAGCUUGUCGAAGAUGCUCCAGACGAAUAAGCGCACAAAGAAAGCACGCGAUCCAGUUGAAUGUACGAGCACACAUGCUACGAAGUAUACAAAGGAAACAAUACAAUGUGAAAGAUAUUUGGAUCGAUACAUCUUAUAUAUUAUGCAUUAGGGUAAGCCAAAAAAAAAAAAAAAU